AGCGAAACAACAACAUCCGGGUCACGCUCGCCAGAACUGGAAGUUAACUUACCCGGCUAAAGGAAAAAGAGCAAGAUGUCUGCCGACGACGUGAGUGAUUUUAUUCGACAAAACCGAGACGUGGCCAAGCAAGUGGAGACACACCGAGGACACUGGGAGAGCAAUAAGCAUUGGGAGCCUCGGAGGGAGUUUAUACUGCGGAACUUAGAGCAAUAUGAAGACGACCAGUUGGACCACCUGCUUGCUAUGUCCAUGGUGUGGGCCAACAACGUCUUCCUCGGUUGCCGGUAUAACACAGAGCUCCUGGAAAAGGUGAAGGAAAUGUCGGAAGGCAUCGAGGUGGAGGAUGCACUUUUCAAGACGAGGGAUGAGAUCAUGAAGCAGCAACAGGGCCAAUGACUGCUUUCUUCUGCUUUUUGGAACAUACAGUGACUACUGCCUGGUGUGAAUCUUUGGGCACCGCCCAAUUUGAUCCAAUUCAAAGCUAUGAUUAUUUGGUAUUAUAAUGAAACUUUUCAAACAGGUUACAGGUUAGAAAAGCUCAUUCUGGCUGCAUGGAGAAAGCUUAAAACGUUUAAAACAUUGAAUAUUAAAAAAAUUUUGAAUCUAUUUUUGAAAAAGGUGAGUCGAUUUAGAAUCUGAAUGAAGAAGAAUCCUGAUUCGGAUGUAAAUAGACUUUUUUGUGCACCGUAGUCUGUCAAUUGAAUUUCUUAUGGGAUGUGGCAAGAACAUCCACUUUUACUUGUGUAUUUUCUAACGGAAUCACGUUUUUAUGACACUUAUGUAACAAAUUCAGAUGAAUUGUAAUCUUGUCCCUAUUGAAAUGUCAUAAUAUUGAAACCUAGUUAAACUUAAGUGCUCAUUUAAAGCAUCGCUUUUUAUUCAAGUCACCAAGUUAUAAUAGUUAUGUUGUAUUGUGGAAAAAAUGCAAGUAAAUUCAGUUUGGACAAAGCCUUACGUCUGAAAAUGUGUUUUAUUAUGUUUAUACAGCAUAAGUAUUUAGAGCCACAAAAUGUAACACAUCCCUUCUGCUUAUGAGGAGAAAUAAAUCCUUUGCCACAC